AUGGCGUCCUCGGUGCCAGAAAACACAGCCGCAGCAUCCGCCGCCGCAGCAUCCGCCGAAGCACCCCCCCUCCCCAAGCUCAACGCCGCAGAAUUCCGCCAAUACAACCGCCUAGCCGAGCACAUGGACUACUUCCACACGCACUUCCGGUCGACCUACAACACACUCUACACAGCCUGCACAACGCAAAAACGGCCCGCAGGAAUGUCAAUCCGCUCCUUCCUCGCACUAGGCGAGCAAUUCUGCGCCCAACUCACCAUGCACCACACCAUCGAGGAGCAGCACGUGUUCCCCGUGCUGGCGCGCAAGAUGCCCGCGUUCCGCAAGGAGCUGGAGUUGCUGGAGCAGCAUAAGGAGAUUCAUCGCGGGUUGGAUCGGCUGGAGGAGUAUUUGAGGGAGUGUCGGGUUGGGGAGAGGGAGCUGCGGUUGGGGGAGUUGAAGGGGGUUUUUGAUGGGUUUGGGGGGGUUUUGUGGAGGCAUUUGGAUGAGGAGGUUGAGCAGUUGGGGGCGGAGAAUAUGAGGCGCUUUUGGACGCUGGAGGAGAUGGAGAGGUUGAGGCUGUGA